GCGAUAUGGGCAAUAUGGGAUUAUGUCUAUCUCUAUCUCUAUGAGUGCGUUCCGCCGUCUCAGCCGGAACUGGAUUUCCAAUUCCGGGUAAAAAAUGAAUGAAGAGAUUGGUUUUUUUUCAUGAUAGAGAUGUCGCCGCCUGGAGUUUCCAGAGAAGUCACGGAAUAAAGGGCUUCUUUGAAGCCGGGACUGGAUUGCCGCUCUAGUCAAGUGAUCUCUGUGGUUCGCCGCCCAGCGGAAGUGCACCUCAGAACCGGAAGUGGAGCUGGCAUACCCGCUCACCUGCUUCCUCGGCCAUGUAACCAACCGUCGUCACCAUGGAACCGCCUGAUACUAGGGUUCUCCUUUCCCCACCUGAGGAGACUUUGGCCCCUCCGCUGCUGACUGAGACUGUAGAUCCUCCCUUGCCAAACCUAACACCAAGGCAUCAAGAGCUUAUCCCUACACCAUGCGGCCCUAUCAAGCCGUGGUCAGAGCUGUCGUCUCCCGUCAAGAUCUACUUCUGCGUCACCAUCGUCUCACUGCUGAGCGUCAUCGGCUUAACCGUGGAGAACCUCGUCCAGCAGACUCACGAAGACUUCACCAUCUCUCUCAUCCAGCUCAUUGGCGUCGUCUUCUGCGUCUACUACGUGAGCCGGGGGAUCCUACAGGAGAACCGCCAAGAGCUGAUUGUCUUCAUCCUCUCCAUCUUCCUGGUCAUGUUGCGUUCCGUCAUCAACUUCACGGUUCUCUCCACGGAGCAAAAGCCACAGUUGAUUGCCCGCUUUGUUCUGAUCCUCUUGGUCGGCGCCUUUGACAUCAUCUGCGCUGUCGUCCUCAUUCAAAGCGAGAGCAUGAUGGCCUUCCGGGUGGGCGGGGCCUUGGAGAGUCUGCAGGCCCAGUACUUUAUGCUGAACCUCUGCUUUUCUAUGCUGACCUUCGACCUUCAGGCGCAGCUCUGCUUAUGUGUCCUGCUGCUCACCACCCUCCAGGAAAUCUCCCUCCUGCACAUCAUCUUCUUGGCUGUCGGGAUUCUCUGGGCUUGCCUGAAAGUCGCCUGCGGCAUCAUUGCUAUAUUAAAAGAGUUAAAACCUUUCGCUUGGGUUUUCCUGGGUCAGAAUUUACCCGAAGUGGCUUAUCUUGCCUACCUUCUUUAUACGGUUAUCCGAGAGUGGGGCCGAGGGUCUUCCUACGCACUGGAAGCUGCCGUGGUCACCGGCUCCUGCAUCUCUGUUGCGAUCAAAAGCGUUCUGUUUUGGGCACUCUUCCAUGUCUACCGCAGUUUCGGUCAUGGGUUGAGAGAGAGGAUGUUUUCUUCCUAUGGAAGGAUCGAUUCCUGAAGUGCUGCUACCCCCUCACGGUGCUCUUAUAGAGCGAUUUUGCACC